GGCGGCAGCGCAGCUGAAUCAGCACAUGUGCAGUCAAGACGCACAAGCCUUGUCUGAUCAUGGUUUGGAGUGCGCGCGGGAGGUUCUCUACGCACACCGUCUGCGCUUGGCUCUGCAUCAAGAAAAGGACGGAGCUGCAUGGACCUACGAUCAGUGGUGGUUCGCAUUCCAAGAAAGCCUCUACGCGCAAGAAGUCUUGCGAGAGCAUUGCAACAAAUUUGAGGGCAUCCCAGUUGUGAGCAAUGUUGUCGACAAGUUGCAUGAUGUGCUUCUACAGAUCCAUAGUGGACUGACCCUCAAGGGGAAGGGAUUGCGCAAGCCGCGACAGGUCCUAGGAGUCAACCUCACAGAGGCUGCCAUGUUUGAGGUCGCGACCCAUCUGAUUCUCCAAGAUGGUCUGGCAGCAGAUUCAAUUGAACGAUUACGACAUCUCUGCUAUGUGUGCAGGUUUACUUUCAGCGGCUGCUACAAUAAUCGCGUGGCAGAACUGCUAGUGUUUCUAGAGGGCGUGCAAGUGCUGCUUAGGGGUGAGAGCCUGCCUGCGAGCCUCCUUGGAAACCCGUCUUCUCGGGCCUUGUUCCCCCUCGAUGACCCCGUGGUGCCGGCGAGGUGUCCUGACGUUGCGCCUCCAGUGGAGGAGGUGCCUGUGGAUCAGAGCUGGUGGCCUCAGCUGCAGACCUUCCUGGACAACGAGAUGGCGCUGCAGCUGGAAGAGAAGUUCCCAGCGCCCGUGCCGCUCAGCUGCGACUACAAGGCCGGCCUGAAACACUUUGCGCUCUGGCAAAUCUGCUGGAGCAAGCACGCCGGCCACAAAGGCUUUGUUGCCGCGCAAGAUUUGCGAUCACUUGUGCAGCUGGUUCUUCUGCAUGGACCAAAGACUAACGCCGCCGAGCUGGCAGGCGUGGAAUAUUUGGUCCUGCAGCCACUAGUGAAAGAGUACUUCCCGUCUGGAUGGAGCACGGGCACACACCCGAAGCAUCCUGCAGCCUAUGAGGCCCAAUCCGUGGCUUUUACAAAAGGCUGGACAAGGGGUCUUGCUUUCGUUUUGGCUGCUGUCUUCCUCGUGGACCAGGAUCUGGUGGAGGACUACAAGUCCAAGCAGCCAGACCAGUUUGCCCGUUUCUGCCUCCUACACGGCACAGUGACGCGGGAGUUCGGCAACGAGUUGGGCCGAAUUGCAGCUAACAGAGACCUGACGAUGGCAAGUGUGAUUACGCGCUCCAAGCCCAAUGCAUUCAAUGCUCUCCACCAGCUUCAACGGCGAACAGUUCAAGGGCAAAGCCUCCAGGACAUACUUGGAAGCUAUUCCAACACCAAGAAUUCGAGACAGAGCAUUCUAGGAAUGUCCCCAGCGGAAUCGGCAGCGGUGAUUAACCUGGUGAAUCACCUUCCGGAGGCAGCUGUGCAGCUGCUGGAAAAGGCAGCCCGCCAAUUUGGUAUGUUCAAGGGCGCAUUCAAUCACCAAUUCCUCGCGGCCGUGGAGCUACGACUUAGGCAUGAGCCCAAGGUCAUCGCCAACGAUUGGCGGUCCAUGCUCCGCAAUGAUGCUGACAGCAUCCUGCUCGCUGUCCAGAGGGUCAUCUACAACUAUGAGAACACCCCCUCCGGGCUCAGGAAAGCCGCCGGCCAGCCUGAGGCAGCCCGCAUGUGUCGCAUUGCCCGUUGCUGGAUUCUUGCAAGAGAGAAGAUCCAGGCGAAGCUCCCAGACUCCCUAUUCCAGGCUGAGGUAUCGCACUUUGACAAGCUGUUCCUCAAGGGAAGCUUCGACGAAUGGUUAGACCGCAUGUGCGAGGAAUGCCCGGCACAGAUUGAUGUGGAGGAGUUGGCGGAGGUAAAGCUACUUAUGGCACGGCACCAGGACAGUCUGCAGAAGGAGACGCUGAAGAAGGCGGAGACGGUUCGGCACCAGGUAGCCAUUGCAACCUUCAGCAAGAUGAACCAUGAUUUGCAAGAGGAUCAGAACGCUCUAGAAGAAUGGGCAAAAGCUGAGCGGCUCCGCAAGAGCAGUUGGGAGAAUGUGGUCUUGACACACAAGCGCAAACGCUACGUUCGGGGGCAGAAAGCUGUCAAGAACUACACGGAUGUCUACUUGCGCAUUCGUCUAAGCGAGCUGAAGUACACGGACAUGCGGCUGGCUGAGUGGCGAGCAGCGGUGGACGCAGCCAGCCAUACCACCUCGGACGCAAGGGCUCUCUUGGUGGUGUUGGAUCUCAGCGUCUCCCCGUCGAACUCAGAGAUUGAUGACAUGAUUGACACGGCCUGUAACUUGCUACACCAGAACAAGGAACAUGUCCUCCUGCUCUACAAGCCAGCAAAGUACACGGGGCAAAGCACGAGGUCCCAGCUGAGUGCUCAGCGGCGGAUGGAGGAUCGUCUCCUGACAAACGGCGUCAACAUGGAGUGCGAGGUCAGCUUGGCCUAUGAGGUUGCUAACCGGCAUGGCAAUGAUCGGCGACCGCUUGGGGGAAGAGCGCGACUCUGCUUUAGCGAGAAAGCUGGGACCAAGCACACGCCAAUGCUGCUGCAGGGUAAGGGGGCACAGGGGAGCAUCACAGACAUCCCUCUACUUCGAGCUCGGGAAAUGCGAAGGUUGCAGGCGCCAGGAGAGCUUGGUGAUGGUACCGAGGGCUACAACCUGUCCCCUGCUGCCCGCUGCACCCACCGAGGCCCUGCUGCUGUGGAGAAAAUGCUUCAGAGCUUGCUACUGGACUCGGGAUUGGAUAAAGGGGGCCUCCAUCUCGACAUCCUUGAGUUCAACACAUCCAACACGGGCGAUUGGAGCGAAGCUUGUUUCAGGAUGCAGAUGAAGAGGUCUACAGACUCAAAAAUCCCAUUCAUCUCCUACCUGGGCCUCACUCGUGAAUCUGAUACUCAGAAAGCUGUUCAGGCCCACAUGGAAGCUCUGCUAAUGCAAGAAUGGUGGCCCCUUCAGCCGGACGCCGGUCCUGCUGAGCCAGCCAGCAGCACGCAGACAGAGAAGCCGGAGCUGAUCCUGGGAAGCUUUGUGGAUGGGCGGCCGCAAGUCUCGGAGUUGGUUGCAGGCAAGUUCGACGAGGAUCCAGUUCACAGAGACAAUUGGAACGCCACGAUCAGUCAGUUUCGCAUCUUUCUGGCGAAGACGGUGUAUCCUGUGCUGGACAGCACCCUUGCCACGACCCAGGGCACGAAUGCCGGCGCAAGUUCAAGAAGCGGCCGAGACACCACGGUCAGCCCCAACGCCCGCCCCUACCCCGGGAAGACAUUGCCUACGACAACAGCGGCAGAAUGGUCAGAAGAGAACGUGUUGUUUACGGUGAAAGCUACGCGACAGCUGCCAGCCCUGCAUGUGACGAAAGACUUCGUACUCUAUGCAAGCAAAGAUGAAACCCUGCAUCGGGGUUCCAGCCUCGAGCUCGAGCCAUGCGAGCUGUUCGGGUUCAACCUGGGAGAUUUGGCCAAGUCAGGGCAGCCCAUGGAUGAGAAGACCAGCAUAGCCUGGAAUGCUCAAGAUGACAUGACCAAAGUGAUUUUCAUGAACCAGGAGGCAAACGCAGACGAAGCCGCGAAGACACUCAUGACAAUUUGCGAGGUCCGUUGGGAGAGCUUCAAGGCUGAUAUCCCGGACUUGAGUGUUCAGGGCUACAAGACAACGCCGAUCCUCAAGAACCUUCCUGAUGGAAGUCAGCAGGAGGCCUUCUUGCGAUGCACACUUGAGAGGGAUACGGAGAACUACAUUGCCUACCACCCACACGCCGCGCCUGACAGCCAGAUCGCGUCGGGUCAGCUGAAGCGGGCAGUCCUGGGAGCAGCGUUUUCUGGCUGCUUCGAGAAAAUCUACGAGUCUCCUUACUUGGAGGUGAUCUGGGAAUGCGCCUGCAAAAAACCCCUCCAGCCAUGA